ACAAUUUUUAUCAAUCUUCUUAUCUGAAUUUUGUGUCGAUUUAUAAAUUUCUAAAAUACAAGCAUACAAAUUAAAUUUCGGCAAUAUUAUCUAUGCUUGUUGCACUAUCAAAUAGAGUUUCGAAAUCGUGCAUAUGUUAUUAACGUUAUUACAAAAAUAUAGUAUCUUAUAUGUCAGAAUUGCGAAGUUUAUUUUUUUCUUUUAUAUAUAAGGAAAUGUGUAUUUUUAGUACGAUUGUAAAUAUAGUCAAAUGAUUAUAUUGAAACAUGUUUACAUCUACUGAAAUUGUGGUUAAAGCACCUGAUGAUAGUACGGAUUUCUACAUCGGAUUAGGAUUAGCUAUCUCUUCCAGUAUCUUUAUAGGUGCAAGUUUUAUUAUAAAAAAGAUAGCUUUGAUUCGACUUCAAAGAUAUGGCGGAUUACGUGCUUCUUCUGGUGGUUUUGGAUACCUUAAAGAAUGGAUAUGGUGGGCUGGUUUGAUAUCAAUGGGUAUAGGAGAAGCUGAAAAUUUUACUGCGUAUGCAUUUGCCCCUGCUUCUCUAAUUACACCAUUGGGUGCUCUAAGUGUUUUAGUAUCUACAAUUUUGGCAUCAAAAUAUCUUAAUGAAAAGCUUAACUUGUUAGGAAAGAUCGGGUGUUUCUUAUGUAUUCUGGGUUCAACAAUAAUAAUACUUCAUUCACCAAAAGAAGAAGAAGUUAAUAGCUUGGAUGAUCUUUUAGAAAAAAUUAAAGCACCAGGCUUUCUUAGUUAUGUUUUGUUUGUAAUAUUAUGCACUUUGCUUAUAAUCUUUUAUUUUGGUCCUGCAUAUGGAAAGCAAAAUGUAAUUGUAUAUAUAUUUUUAUGCUCAUCUAUAGGUUCAUUGACAGUAAUGAGUUGUAAAGGAAUAGGAUUAGCAUUGAAAGAAACUAUGUCACUUUUUGGUGCUUUUUCUAAUUUGUUGACAUGGAUAUUUUUCUUUAGUGUUAUUUUUUGUGUUACAUUACAAAUGAAUUAUCUAAAUAAAUCAUUAGAUUUAUUUGAUACUACUAUUGUAAUGCCAAUUUAUUAUGUAUGUUUCACAACUUUAGUUAUAAUAGCAUCAGCAAUAUUAUUUAGAGAAUGGCAGAAUAUGAAAAUUGAGGAUAUUGUAGGAUCUUUAUGCGGUUUUUUUACGAUUAUAAUAGCAAUAUUUUUAUUGAAUGCUUUUAAAUUAAUAGAUAUUAACUACAAUAACAUUAGACAUAUUUUAAGACCAAAAAGAGAAUUAAUUGUUAGUUUAAAUUCACAUUCAAAUAUAAGAGAUACAGAACGAUUAAUUUCUAGAAAUUCUAAUAUAGAUCUUUCUUAUGGAGCACCAGAUAUAAGUAGAACUAUAUAAUAUACUUCAAUAAUGAAUAUAAAUAAAGAAAAAGUCAAAGUAAAAUUAUAAAUAAGAAAUAGUAAGUUUUUAAAGUUUUUUGUAUUAAUACUAUUUAGUUAUAAGGGUUUUAAUUAAGCUAACACAUAUUUAUUUUUAAUAAUGCAGUAAAAGUAUGUACAAUAAAUUGUAUGGUGGUUGUGCCUAAAAAGUAACACUGUAUACAAUGCAAUUGAAGAUCUAGUCUAAUGCAAAUACUAUUUGUUAUUGUAACGAUAUAAUAUGUAUUAUUUGCACAUAAUCGAAUUUAAAUUUACUGUGGUAUUAUUUUUGUUUAUAUCUUUUUAUUUUAAAAGUAAUAAAAAAUACAUUUAAUUUCAA